UGAUUAUUUCAGCCUACAGCUCCAAACUUAGCCAACAGUGUGUGUUGGGAACACCUCCCGGUCCGUCGGUUCGGGCGUUGCACUCGCUCCCCGCCGCUUUCUACACACUUUUUUUCUGCUCACAGUGUCGGCAGAAGAAAUAACGGGAGAGAAAAUAUUUAAAGCGAAAAUAACGGACACGGUUCGGGUGAAAUGUAUGGCUGUUGUGACUGUGUUUUCUGAGGAGGAGGGUGUCCAACACACAGCUGUAGUUUCUCUUCAAGAGGCGAGGAAUGCAAUCUGAGCAUCAAUGUUUCACUGGGGCAAGUGGAAGAAGAGGAUGGGAGCCAAUAGUUCUUCAAAGAGGCCAGUUUUCGACGAAAAGGAGGAUGUAAACUUUGACCACUUCCAGAUAUUACGAGCCAUUGGGAAGGGCAGCUUUGGGAAGGUAUGCAUUGUGCAAAAGAGGGACACCGAGAAGAUGUACGCCAUGAAGUACAUGAACAAACAGCAGUGCAUAGAGAGAGAUGAGGUCCGAAACGUCUUUAGAGAGCUUGAGAUCCUACAGGAAAUUGAACAUGUUUUUUUAGUAAAUCUCUGGUACUCGUUCCAGGAUGAGGAGGACAUGUUCAUGGUGGUGGACCUCCUGCUGGGAGGAGACCUGCGCUACCACCUGCAGCAGAACGUCCAGUUCAGUGAGGACGCGGUGAAACUCUACCUCUGUGAGAUGACGCUGGCACUGGACUACCUGCAGAGCCAGCACAUCAUCCAUAGAGAUGUAAAGCCAGACAAUAUCCUAUUAGAUGAACAAGGUCACGCUCACCUGACGGACUUCAACAUAGCAACAAUAAUAAAAGAUGGAGAGAGAGCGACAGCCUUAGCUGGAACCAAGCCCUACAUGGCCCCAGAGAUCUUCCAGUCUUUUGUGAGUGGAGGGACGGGCUACGCCUUUGAAGUAGACUGGUGGUCACUAGGGGUGACAGCCUUCGAAGUGCUGCGCGGAUGGAGGCCCUAUGAUAUUCAUGCCAGUAACUCAGUGGAGUCCUUGAUUCAGCUCUUCAGCACAGUCAGCGUCCAAUACAGCCCAGCCUGGCCCAAGGAUCUGGUUUCUCUUCUGAGGAAGGUGAGAUCGACUUAAUGGAACAUUAUUCACUUUCAACUCUUUCAUUUAAAUAUUUGAAUUCACCCCAGAAUUUACAGCCUGGAAAUCAUUUCCCUCUGAGAGAUAAAGCUAUCAUUAGUCACUUUGAUGUGGUUUUUACAUUUUACGUAACACACAUUUGUAUUACCUGCCAAUACGAAUGAGAACUGCUGAGAUUUAUUGAACAUAAUUGGCGAUAUCCCUGAACACUUACCUCUA